AUGCUCCCGGUCUGUGAUGUAAAUGACUAUCUGGGUGAAAGCACCAGACCUCAUUACAGAGCCUGCAGACAGAGUGGCAGCCUGCCCGCCUGCAUCCUACCCCCCUGCGCCCUGCAUGCCUGCAUCCUGCCUGCAUGCAUCCUGUCCGCCUGUGCCCUGCCUGCCUGCAUCCUGCCCAUCUGCAUCCUGCCCGCUUGCAUCCUGCCCAUCUGCAUCCUGCCCGUCUGCGCCCUGCCUGCCUGCAUCCUGCCCAUCUGCAUCCUGCCCAUCUGCAUCCUGCCCAUCUGCAUCCUGCCCAUCUGCGCCCUGCCUGCCUGCAUCCUGCCCAUCUGCAUCCUGCCCGUCUGCUCCCUGCCUGCUUGCAUCUUGCCCGUCUGCGCCCUGCCUGCUUGCAUCCUGCCCGCCUGCGCCCUGCCUGCUUGCAUCCUGCCCGCCUGCGCCCUGCCUGCUUGCAUCCUGCCCGCCUGCGCCCUGCCUGCUUGCAUCCUGCCCGUCUGCACCCUGCCUGCUUGCGUCUUGCCUUGA